UUUUGCUCCGUUUGUGGUCGUUACAUGCUUAUUUUUAUCCGUCAACGUGGUUGGAUAGAGAGAGAUAGUAAUCGGUCACGUGACUUUCGUCAAAUCAGUUUGUGCAUAGAAAACUUUAACCGCAACUGCAGUUUAUCAUGACUGCUGGAAGUGGAUCUGGUGUGAGGAGUUGUCUUUUUUUCCCUGUUGGAAAGAACAUAACCUGAGGGAAAAGCCUCAAAUACGCGAUAUAUAGAUCGAUGUAUGACAGUAGGACGUUCAGCUCCUCUGGUGGAGGAAGAUUCAUCAGUCUGAUAAAAGAACAGCUUUGGGAAUUUUACAAAUGGGUUCGCUUGCAUUUAGUUUGUGUGUUGAAGAAGCUUAUACCAACAGAAAACACGCACAUAUCCUGUUUUCACACCGCGUAUAUCAUUUCACAAAACCACCGCUAAUUACACCGAAUGUAAAGCGUCACACGUCAUCGCGUGACGUCUGUAUGAGGCGUUGUCUGACGCUAUUUUUAGAAAGCGAAAGUAAAAGACGCAAAUCGGGAGCACGUUUUAAUUCUGACUCAUUUUCGUCUAUUGUACAGUUUCUGUUUAGAUAUAUUUAAUAACUGUGAUUUAACGGACGAGUCUUUGUCUCCGGCAUGUCGUCGAUUAUUAUCGCUUUUCUGCUGAAUCUCCUCGUAGAGAGCUCAGAGUCGUUCACUGUAGUGGUUCCUGGUGAUCCUGUAGUGGCUCAUGUGGGAUCCUCAGUGAUUCUGCCCUGCUGGAUCUCUCCUCCUGAGAACGCUGAAGCUCUGGAGAUCCGCUGGUACCGUCACGACUUCAACAACCCUGUUCUGCUCUAUAAUCACGGGAAGAUCCAGGACACACAGGAGGAAUCGUACAGGAACCGAACCUCUCUGUCUCUGCGGUCAGAUCAGUCUGGUGGACUGAAGGAUGGAGACGUCUCUCUACGGCUGGAGAAACUCAGCGUUCAGGAUGAAGGUCCAUUUCGCUGUUAUGUGAGUGGAGAAAGUUCAUACGACAGUGAAGAUGUGGUUCUCAAAAUCAUGGCUUUAGGAUCCACUCCUGUCCUGUUUCCAAAGCCUCUUGAUGAUGGACGUGUGAACAUCAGCUGCAGGUCCAGCGGCUGGUAUCCAGAGCCCAGCGUCACGUGGACAUCAGAUGAUGGAAGGGUUCUCCGUCCUGGAGGAUCAUCUCACAGUCGUGGAGCAGACGGGAUGUUCUCCGUCCACAGCUGGACGGCUGUCUCUCGCUCAGACGCUCAACUGGUCUCUUGUUCACUGUCCAUCAGAACUGGAGAGUUAAAAGAAGGAAGACUGAAUAUACAGGGCAUAAUGCCUUCAGAUGCUUCUUCAGGUCCAUGGAAGGCUCUUUUCUUCACUCUUCUCAUUUCUGCUCUUCUGGGUUUGGUUGGCUUUAUGCUGUACAAACACAGAGAGAAACUCACAGGGAAGAAACCAGCUGAAGAAAAUUGUGAGGAGGGAACUAUGGAGAAACUGACAAAAGCAGUUGUGGAAGACAUGACUAUGGAAGAACUGAGGAGACAUGCAGUUGAGAUCAGUAUUGACCGUGAGCGUUUACAUCCAGAUCUGACGGUUUCUAAGGACUGUAAAAUCAUGAGGGACGGUCCAGGAUAUAAUCACACUGAUGAGGGAUUUCCAUAUGAAUUAUGUGCAUUUGGAGCCCAAAGAUUCACCUCUGGUCGUCACUAUUGGGAGGUGGAUCUGGUACGUUCCCCUAAUCCUCCCAAACACUACUGGUUAAUUGGUGUGGUGAAAGAGGGAAGUUCUGCUUCAAAACACAGAUCUGCUUUAACUCCAUCAGCUGGUUUCUGGUUCUUGUGUUCAGACGGUCCUCAUGGCUUUCACACCAACACUGACCAAUCAAUUAUACUCUCACUGAACCCGAGACCUGAGCGACUGGGAGUUCUGUUAGAUUAUGAUGACGGUCAGCUGUCAUUUUACAACGUCACAGAGAGAAAACAUCUCCUGACCAUCAGCAGCAGAUUCUCUGGAUCAGUCGUUCCUCUGUUCGGUCCUGGAGCGGGUGAUCAGAGUCCGAUUACAAUCCUGGAUUGUCCAGAACCUGUAGAAUCAGCUGCAGAGUCCAGUCAGCCUUUACUGAGUAACAACAGCUCAGACGCCUGACUGACCAACACAGUUUAACCAGUCGGACAUAAUGUACACUAAAAACACCUGCGUGAAAACCUGCAAACUACUAAAAUCUAUAAAAAUGUACUGGUAUGGUUCUAACAACAAAAUUUUUAAAAGUGGGUUUUAUUCCCAGUGAUCAUGUGUACUUAAAACACACAACUUGAAUACAGCAUCAUCAAUUCAAUCAAGUCAAUUUACUCUAUGACAACUACAACUGAUGACAUCCUCGUCAAUCCUACAAUGUCAUGUCAAAUCAAAGUGCUGCACAUCUGAAUCCUCCCUGACCACAGCAACAAACUCUCUAUAAUGAAUGAAAGUUGACUGAAAUCUGUUUGAGAAAAGCAUAUUAGAAGAGCAGCUCAUUUUGAUGAAUACAGCAUUACAGCAACACUAGACGCCAGAAUGAAGUGUAGAGCACCACAAGACGAAACUGUGCAGAAAACACAAAUCAUGAAACAUCAACAUCAGCCAUAAAAAAUGACUCAUGCACACAACCAAAUGAAACAUAUAUAGUUUCAGUCAUAACAUGACCGGUAACAUGACAACAGUUUUACAACAACAUUUGAUUUGUUAACACUAUUUUAACAUUGUUUAAAAACUGUACAUAUUAAAAACUUUAAGGAUUUACGAUGCUGAAGACCAUCUCAUGUAUUGCCCUGUACUCGAUUGUAUGCGGUGGUGAAAUCACAUAUACAUGUGUAGUUCAGGCAUGAAACUCUAGAUGGCGCAGGUGAUGGGUUGUUAACGUAACUGAUGAUAUUCACAGCGUUAAAUGACUUGGCACAAGCUGAUUGGUUCAUGAUGCAUAUACAGCCAAUGAGCUUGCUUCUUGCUGCUUUACAUUUAUAUGGCUGGUUAGCAUCCACUUGAGCAUUUUGUAGCCUCCACCUUCCCCAGCUCCACCUGUAUAUAUCUGCUACGGGGUUAUUUUAUAUGCUAUUUGUGCAGCAGCAAUCCUCCGUGCCUAUUCAAAGUGCUCUGAUGAGGGGGGUUAAAACAGGACAGAAAACUAUUACUUCUAAAUUAUGAUUUUUUUAAUGUAAAAAUCUUGAUAACAUAAGUGGACCUCAGAGAACAGUACAAAAUAUUUAAAAAAGGCAGUUCACAACCACUUUAAAAAAGUUUUUUUCAUGAUGGAUUUGUGUGUAUUUGGAUGGAUUUGUGAAAUUUCGCUAAUGUGACUGUACCUAAAGAAUCCAUAUUGAUUCAUUAAAAUGAGAAUUGAUUAAAAUCCAGAAAUCAAUAUCGUCAACCCAGCCCCACUAAAAUGUUUUAUUCGCACUUGGCUUAUUCUUAGUAAUUAAUUUUAAGAUAAAUAUUUGAAAGCAGAAGCUUCAGUUACUUGCUAACAUUGUAACAAUAUACAAUAUUAAUUUAUGAGAAAACAUCUGAUAUACUGUAGGUACAACAGGGAGAAAAGACCCCUGAAGGAAAAUGAUGGUAAAAGGAGUUUGUUUUGAUUAUUAAUCAUGUAAAUACAAAGGCAGCUACUGAGGGGGUCGACAUAUUUGUGCAAGAAUUUUAACGUUAGAGCAAAUUCCUGCGAUUAUGUAUCAGAUUUUGUUGUACUGCAUGUGUAAAUCUGUUAUAUAUUAAUGUCUCAUUUUGUACUCUUAUUGAAAUAGUGUUUUUUGGAGCAUUUUAAAAUCCAUUUAAACAUGAAACUGCUCUAUUUUUAGGUUUGCAGAUCUAUAGAAUGAGUAUUGUACUUUGUAAUACAUGUGUUUUAUGAAACACUUAACUUUGUUUUUUGUUGCUUUUUGUUAUUUUAAUAAAAUAAAUGUGAAAUAUGAA